GGCUGGACACCGAAUCAGGUGGGUCUUCCUGUCUUUAGGGCUGGACACCGAAUCAGGUGGGUCUUCUGUGUCUUUAGGGCUGGACACCGAAUCAGCUCGGCACUGUACAUUGAAGAAGAGGCGACUCAACUCAACUCCACUCUACACUUCACUUCACUUCCUCGCGCUAAUUCCCAGCUCCGUUAUUCCACAUUAUGUCACAAUUGUGACUCAGCAUCUAGGCAACAAGGUUACAACGCCAUUACCCACAUCACUCUUCCCUCUGCUCCAGAUCCAAUUCAUCCUGACGGUGCAUCUAGGCAACAAGGUUACAUCGCCUUUACCCACAUCACCAUGGCUUCUGCUGUAGCACCACUUCAUGCUCAUACUUUCGCUGACAAACGCCACUAUUUCGCAGUUCAAUCUUCCUUCGCCGUCUCAUCCACCUCCUUUCUCCACUCUACACGAACCCUGGAGAGCACGCACCGCCUACCACCAACUGCCGCAAAAACAAAGCAACAAUACGUCUCAUCUAAAUAUCUCCAGAAGAUCAACUCACCGACGCACCCCACAAUCAUCCCACCUCCUCAACGCCUCCUUUUUAUCGCCGCCAUCCACCUUCCACGUUGCCGUUCUCACUCACCGCUUUCCUACAAAAUGCGCACAAAACAUCGCUCCUAUCACCUACUGACCCAUGGUGGUGACUCACCCGCACCCACCGAUCAGACCACCACUACUCAAAAAACACCAACCUCCUCCUCCUCCUCCGCCUCCGACUCCGCUACAACCAACAUUACAGCAUAG